AUGGCCUUGGUGUGGAUGGCUCUUGCUCUUGCAGCCGGAUUAUCUACGCUAUACCUUCUGCUACAAAAUCGACAGGGUUGCUUUCCAGCGGAUCCUCUGCGGGACGGCUUUGAGACAAUAAUCCAGAUCUACAGGUUGCUCACUGGUCAAGGUAUCAGAGACCCAAAAUGCUGGAGUAGAAGGAUGGUCUUAGGACUGUGGAUGUUAUUCGCGGUGACGCUGUCCGCCAGUUACAGUGGGAAUCUCGUGUCCUUUAUGACCAACCCCGGACUGGAGGACGCCAUCGAUACCGUGAAGAAAUUAGUGCGCAGCGUCAAAGACAACCACUUCACCUGCGGAACCAUAAAAGACGCAGCGGAAUAUGCCAUGCUGAAGAACGACAAUUCAUCGGAGGCCAAGAUCCUGCUGAAGUCCAUGGAAUCCAACCCUCGCAACUUUGUCCAAAGGGACGGGGAAGGAUUACGGAACUGUCUGACGCGCAACUACGCCUACCUGGGCGGAGAGAUUACCAUCAAUGCGGACAUGAGCGACGAGAGGCUCUUCGUCUUCGCCAAGGACAGCUUCCAGACUGGCUGCUACAGCCUCGCAUUCCACAGAGAUUUUCCCUGCCUACGGCAGUUCAACUCCAGGAUUCUUCGUCUGCAAGGCUCUGGAAUCAUCAGUCUCUGGUUGGAACAUGAGAUCUUCCGCGCCCGCAAGUGGCACUACAAUGCAGACCGUGGUUCGCGUCCAUUGAAGGUGUCCUAUGUCGAAGGACCUUUCCUCCUUCUAGCUGCUGGUCUCGCCGUGGCCUCCAUUAUAGUUGUUUGUGAGAUAUUAAUCGCUAAACGUGCGUCCCCUUGCUGCAAUAAGUAGAACUUCACUUACGUUUACCUUACUAUUAUUGCAGAAACGCCAGAGAUUUUACAACGGAACAAAUAACGGCUUUGCGGAAGGGAGUUGGUAAAGAUUAAUACCACACAACAUGAUGCAUAAUAAUGUUUGUAAUAUUAAGCAAAGCGAUGCACAUAUAUUAAUACUCAUAAAAGUCUGCAUAAAAAG